CAGAAGGAACAAUAGAGAGGUUGAGUUGAUAAAGUUUAUUGCAUACAUCUAUCAGGCUAAAAGAGAAUUUCAGGGGCUCAAAUCUCUUAUUUGCAUCACUUCCUUAAUCCAGUAUAAUCCAGUAAAAUCCAGUAAGCAAAUCUAUCACCUAUUAGUUAUACCUAGUCCACAUGCCAAAUUGAACUUAAAAAAACCCUCUAAGUUGGGCACGCAAAUCCUGCUCCGUGUUCAAGUACAUAACCCCACCAUCUGAUAAAGUAUUUAAACAACUUGUUGAGUUGUCACAACUCAGAAACAAGGCAAGCCAGACUCUCCGAGUUAAACUCACAUAGUCAUUACAUAUAUAAGUCAUCAUGUCAGAUGACGAGGCAGAUCCAGAGCUUCUUGCUCUUUUGAGGCAGCAUUUCCAAGGGAAGCUCAACCUGGAUGAUGAGCCCGAGACAGGUGUCUUGGAAGGCGCCGAAUACGUCUACGACAACUCAAUUGACGUGGCCUUGAACAUGAGGGCCACCAAGAAUGCGGCAGCUAUGAUUUAUGGCCAGAUGCAGCAGAAGCAGUACUCGACCGCAACAUGGUCAGAGCAUGAGCUACACCCCAAGACCAAAGAUGAGUCCACCGUGGCUUUCAUCUUUACCAUGGACCUGCUCAACUUCUCCUUCUGGUCCACGCUCCCCGACGAUGAGCGCUUUGCUGUCUCCUACCGAGACAAGACUUGGACCGGAUACUCAAGCCUUGUUGCAUCGCUGCAAAGGGCCUUAGAUGAAGUUAAUCUCUUUUCCUCUCAAGAUAUCCCCAUAACCGACCCUCACUACUGGCAGAACGAAGAGGAAUGCAACCUGGAGUCCCUGAGACACGUUUUCAGAUCGUGCACCGACGAGGAGAUUCCUCUGCUCGAGGCACGGCUUUCUUGCCUGAGAGAGGCGGGAAAGGUUCUAUACGAAAACUACAGCUGCAGCUUCACGAAGUGCAUAGAAGCCGCCAACAAGUCCGCCGCCGGCUUGGUUAACCUGCUCGCGCGCGACUUCGACUGCUUCAGAGACGAGUUCCGCUUUGAAGGACGCCGCAAGCCCAUCCGCUUCCUCAAGCGCGCGCAGAUCCUCGUCGCAGACGUCUGGGCCUGCUUCAACGGCGAGAGCUAUGGCGAGUUUCGAGACAUCGAUAAGAUCACCAUGUUUGCCGAUUACCGCGUCCCCCAGAUCCUGGCCACGCUGGGCUGCAUAGGAUAUAGUCCGCCGUUACACGCGCAGGUUGCGAGACGGGAUAUCAUACAAAGCGGAAGUCACUACGAAUUACAACUUAGGGCCUGCAGUAUCUGGUGUGUGGAACUCAUCAAGCGUGAGAUUAAACGGGACCAUCCGGAUGCGGAUAUCAAUGCCAUUUUAAUAGACUUCUUCCUAUAUGACACUAUGAAAUCACUAGAGGCUCAGGAGAAGGAGACCAUGCCGCACCAUCGGACAAGAAGUAUCUGGUACUAAUCCACUCGAAUGGAACCGGGCACAUACUACAUAUGGAGGAU